AGCCGCUCGAUGGCUCAUUGCGUCCUCGUGCGCUCGCGAUCAAAGCUCCGUCAGCCGUGGAGCUUCGUCAAGGUCGUCCCAAGCUGUCCUCCAGACGAGAUAUCGCCGCCUGCUUCCACAGGCUACUUGGCCUUGUGCUUCGACGACUGGGCCGUCGAGCCGUCGUUCGUGCUCGAGGAGGACGAGGAGGACGAGGAUUACCGAGGCGUCGACCGCCACGGCCCAGACGCGUGGAACAUGGCCGAGAACCUCACGGUGUCGAGCUGCCCGUUCCCGACGUGGGUUCCUGCCGCGAUCGUCACAGCGCGGCGGCGGAGAUGGGCUCUGCUCCCCGCGGCUGCGGCCCACGUGACGCCGGUGAGGAUAAAUCGGCUGUCGGUGUACGGUGAUGCGCGCGCGAUCCAGCACCGCCGCUACCUUCGAGUUACUCCCCACGCUCAGCUCUUGAAGCUCGAUCUCACUUUGCUAGCGUCCCACGGCCAUCUCUCCAAGCUGACGCCCCAUGGCAUGCGCUGCCCGUCGAAUCGCGCGUGCACCGACCCGGUCAUUAUGAGAGUCGACGACAACUCGGAUACGAAUGCCGGGCGCCGCUCUCCGAUGGCUUCAAAAAAUAUUCGAGCUGGCACUGCACAUUUUGUACCGGCAUAGGACGACGCGACGCGCAGGGCGACUCUGUCUUACGACAUAGGCAUGAGCGGGCUGAACGAGCGAUGUCCAGGAGCGGCGCGAAUGACCUGCAGUCUGCCUCGGCAGCGUCCUGGGCUCCAGUGCUAUGCCGCCAUCUUCGAAGAGAUCUCGCCUCCGAAUAAACCUAGGUAAACUGCCCCAAGAUCAAACUUGGCCGUGCUUACCGCGGGGGCCUUCGAUUGGUCAGACUAGCAGGAUCCGGGAGAGCAGCGGGCGCAUGUGGGUGCCUUCCGCCGCGCGGUCCUCGCUGCAGUCAGUGCGUGAGCUGACCCGGUCAGGGUGCAAGCACACCGAUGAAGAAUCAGCUUCGUCCAGCGAUGGCUCCAAGCAGUAAUAGACGACCCCGCUUCACUUGAGGUCAAGUAUCUCUCAGACUGUGUAUCAUUUGUAUAUAUGGCUCGAGAGAAUGCGUCUGUAGCCUGUUUUAUAUCAUCAGAUGGGCGUGAAGGUCAUGCUGCGCAGUAGACUCGC